UUUCUACUACUAUAAAUACACACACUACUCAACCCUACUGCCUGCAUAAUCUCUCCUUCAAUCUCAUUUUACUAUCUUCCAUAUAUUGUUUACUCUCUCUCUCUCACUCUCUGUUUUCUUCAUCAUGGCCAAGAUCAAGAUCGGAAUCAAUGGAUUCGGAAGGAUUGGGCGUUUGGUCGCCAGAGUUGCCCUAUUGAGUGAUGAUGUUGAGUUAGUCGCUGUUAACGAUCCAUUUAUCACCACUGAUUACAUGACAUACAUGUUCAAAUACGACAGUGUUCACGGUCCAUGGAAAAAGCAUGAGCUGAAGGUUAAGGAUUCCAAGACCUUGCUCUUUGGUGACAGGCCUGUGACUGUAUUUGGCAUGAGGAACCCCGAGGAAAUCCCAUGGGGCCAGGCCGGAGCUGAAUAUGUGGUAGAGUCCACUGGAGUUUUCACUGACCAGGACAAGGCUGCAGCCCACCUCAAGGGAGGUGCAAAGAAGGUUAUAAUUUCUGCCCCAAGCAAGGAUGCCCCCAUGUUUGUUGUUGGUGUGAAUGAGAAGGAAUAUAAGAAAGACAUCAAUAUUGUUUCUAAUGCUAGUUGCACUACCAACUGCCUAGCCCCAUUGGCUAAGGUUAUUAAUGACAAGUUUGGUAUUGUUGAGGGGCUGAUGACCACUGUGCACUCCAUCACCGCAACACAGAAGACGGUUGAUGGCCCUUCGAUGAAGGACUGGAGAGGUGGAAGAGCUGCUUCAUUCAACAUCAUUCCCAGUAGCACCGGAGCUGCUAAGGCUGUUGGGAAAGUGCUUCCUGCACUAAAUGGAAAGCUUACUGGAAUGGCUUUCCGUGUUCCAACCGUUGAUGUCUCAGUCGUUGAUCUCACUGCUAGGCUUGAAAAGGCAGCCUCAUAUGAUGAGAUCAAGGCUGCUAUCAAGCAAGAAUCAGAGGGUAAAAUGAAGGGGAUCCUAGGAUACACAGAAGACGAUGUAGUAUCAACCGACUUCAUUGGUGAUAGCAGGUCUAGCAUCUUCGAUGCCAAGGCAGGCAUUGCACUGAAUGGAAACUUCGUUAAGGUUGUCUCUUGGUACGACAACGAGUGGGGCUACAGCAACCGCGUGGUCGACUUGAUCCGUCACAUGGCAUCUGUUGCUUGAGCUGCUGGCUAAGCUCACUUUCUUUAUUUGCUUAGCCAUUCGGGAAAUAAUUUUGAUGUUGAAGAUGAUGAGGAUAGCUUUUUCCUAUUAAUUUCACCCAUUUUUUCUCUUACUCCCUUUGUCACAUUUGAUUAUGCUUAUUGUUGGAAUUGGUGUUGCCAAAUUUUGUUGCAAUGCUUAUUUUCUCUAUUCAUAUUUGAUAAUAUAUAAGUUGAAGUAUAUUUUAUGCAUUA